AUGAAUAUGAAUUACGAAUACAUUGCUGCUCACAUUAGCGAUUAUAUUAAAAAUGAAAACUUCUUCAAUACAUUUGACAUAGAAGAUAUCAAAAAAAUCAUGAAAUAUUCAAAUUUAACAACAAUUCAGUACAUUACUCUUCUUAAACAAUCUUCUAAAACUAUUAGUGCCAAAAAUUCAUUUAUCUGUACACGAAAUGCAAAUGUAACGAUCCAAAACAAAGAAGAAGUUGUUUCAAUUCUGAAAUCUGUCAAAAAGUACAUGAAAUUCAAAAUAAUGGAUGGAAUCAUUAAUAUUUUGGAUCAAAAAGAGAAAGAAUCACAUGAUUCUACAGAACAAAUACAAAAACAUCAAGAAAAAUUAAAAGAAAUUCAAAAUCAAAUACAAAAUGCGGCCAAAGAAACAAAUGUCAAUCAAACUAACGAAAGUUCCAAUCAUUCUAGAGAAAUUUUAACUAAAAUUGCAGAACUUAAGAAAUCUUAUGAUAUCAAAAGUGUUUACAAACUCUUUGAGGAACUUUCUACAAAAAGAAAUCAGGAAAUGAUUCAAAAAGCCUGUGAAGAAGGACUUUGGGAAAAGGAAACAGCAUGUCGUAAAAAUGUACUUCAUAUAGCAUGUGAAAAAGGAAAUCUCGAACUUGUUAAAUCACUUAUCGAAUGUAAGUGCGAUAAAGAAGCGGAGGAUGGAUUUGGAUAUACUCCACUUAUUACAGCAUCCUCGAAUAAUAAACUUGAAGUUGUUAAAUAUCUCAUCUCUGUCGGGGCUGAUAAAGAAGCAGUGGAAAAUCGAAAUUCUACUCCACUCAUUUGUGCAUUAAGAAAUGGUCAUAUUGAAAUCGUUAAAUAUCUCGUCUCUAUUGGAAUUAAUAAAGAAGCAAAGGAUUCUGAGAGAUCUACUCCACUCAUUUGGGCAUCAAAAGAAGGCCUUCUUGAAAUCGUUAAAUAUCUUAUCUCUAUUGGAGCUAAUAAAGAAGCAAAGAACAAAUAUAGAUAUACUCCACUCAUUUAUGCAUCAGAAAAAGACCAUCUUGAAAUCGUUAAAUAUCUUAUCUCUGUUGGAGCUGAUAAAGAAGCAAUGAAUAAAGGGAGAUAUACUCCACUCAUUUAUGCAUCAAAAUGUGGUGAACUUGAAGUUGUUCAAUAUCUUAUCUCUAUUGGUGAUGAUAAAGAAGCAAAGGAUGAAAAUGGAUAUACUCCACUCAUUUCUGCAUCAAAAACGGGUCAUCUGGGAGUCGUUAAAUAUCUUAUCUCUAUUGGAGCUGAUAAAGAAGCAAAGGAUGAUAUAGGAUCUACUCCACUCAUUUGUGCAUCAGAUAACGGCCAUUAUGAAGUUGUUAAGUAUCUUAUCUCUAUUGGAGCUGAUAAAGAAGCAAUGAAUCUAUUUAGAAAGACUGCUUUAGGUGUUGCAAAGGGUGAUGUAAAAAGUACCUAA